AUGGAAACAAGAUCUGCAAAGCGCAUGAAGCUUUUCCUCAUUGCUGAAACUGAAGCACAAAAUAGCAUCGACCGGAUCAGCGAUCUUCCCGACGCUGUCCUCCACCAUAUUCUCUUCCUUCUUCCCAUCAAAUCCAUCGCCCAAACCAGUCUCUUAUCCAAGCGAUGGAGAUCUCUUUGGUCCUCCUUCCCUGAUCUUGACUUCACCACCAUUAACCCAGAUGGGAUUUCUUCAAAAAACUCGCAUACUUGGGCUGCUGCGGGAAUGGACUUCAUAACCCAGGUUUUAGCCCUCCGCGACAAGCACUCCGACAUAAGGAUUCUUCGUUUUCGUGCCCAUCUGAGUUUUUCUCGUCUAAAUGCUUUGAUUCGCCGCGCCACUAGGCAUAAUGUUCAACAACUCGAUGUCGAGGUCGCCACUGACGAUUAUUUCAACAUCCCCCGAUCGGUCAUCGCGAGUGAAUCUUUACGAGUUUUCAAACUAAAAUCUCGUUACCCGGGUUUUCGUUUGCCUCCUCUGUCAGUCAUGAGGGAUGGUUUUCGAUCCCUCCACACGUUGUCUCUUUCAGUUGUCAUUCUAUACAAUGAGCCCUUACUCGUGGACUUGUUCUCAGAUUCAUCGUUUCCGCAGCUUAAGAAAUUGAAUCUCGACGCUUGCUUUGGGCUGAAACAUCUCAGUGUUAGCUGCCGGGCACUGGAAGAUUUCAGCCUGGAAAGUUGUUUUCAGCUUCAAGGUUUGAAUAUUUCGGGUCCGAAAUUGGAGCGAUUGCGGGUAUCAUAUUGUUUUGAUGCUUAUAGUGAUAAGAGUUGUGUAACGAUCAAUGCACCGAGACUCAGAAUCUUGCUCUGGGAAUAUAAUGCCAUUACAGAUAACAGUGUGCUUGAGAAUUUAAGCUUGCUUCGUCAGGUCUCCAUUGGUUUUAUUGUACUUCAUAAAGAUUUAAGUGGUGAAAAGCUUCAGAGUGUAUCCAAUCUUUUGUCUGGACUCUCUCAUGCCCAUUGCUUGAAGUUUGAAAGCAAGUGUAUCGAGAUUCUAUCAAGCAAUAAUUAUUUUGCUGUUUAUCUACAACCGUUUCAUAACCUAAAAUCUCUGGAAUUGCAAACCAGUUUCAACAAAAACAAUGUCCGAGGAUUAGCAUGCCUAUUCAGAAGCUCUCCCACGCUGCAUACCCUCAUUCUCAAGAUUAUCAACGAUUACAGGGUGGAAAGAAGAGAAUGGAAUCGGGACUUAUGGGAGAUGUCUAGCUGCAGUGAGGAAGAACAAUUUUGGGACUCUCAAACACAGACUUUGAAGUCCUUCCUACACCAUCUGAAGGUAGUGGAGGUCCAUGGGUUUUUAGAUUGUGAGAAUGAGGUCAGUCUGGCAAAGUUUUUGCUCAAGCAUGGAAAGGCCUUGGAAGAGAUGACUCUGUGCACAGGACAGUACUGCAGCGGUGCUAGGGACUCUCUCAGGCGACAAAAGAUUAGGUCACAGAUGAUGGGAUUCUCUUGGGCUUCUUCUAAUGCUAAAAUUUCAUUUCACUAG